GUAAGAUUCGUCGAUACAUUUCCCAUUUAACUAAUAGAAAACUUAUAGAAUUUUUAAGAUUUUCUUUAAUCCUUUGAUGAAGAACUCAAGAGUAUAAUAGUAAUUGCUUUAUUGGAGUAUAUAAGAACCCGAGAAAUCGUCUAUAAACUAUCAGUUGCUUUCUGAACAUUCGAAAAUGCAGUGUACAGUGAUCUCAGUUUUUGUGCUAGGUGCCUUGGGGGUUGUGAUGGGAGAAAAUUUGGAUGCCCAAUACGAUGGACAACCAGGAUGCCUCAUCCGCUACGAAUUUGACCACCGUUACUGGCCUAACAACUUCGAUCGCCAUGCGUAUUGGGAGUGUCAAGAGUGGGGUGUAGGUGCUGUGAGACACGAAUGUCCACCUAAUAUGAGUUUCCAAGCUUCUGAGCUAAAAUGUGUCCCAGACAGCGACUGGCAGAAAACUCCAUAUAGUGAACCACCCACUAGGCCUGGAUAUACAUCACACGAUCAAUGUGAACCAUUCACACCUUGCCCUACAACUGAAUCCACGACAACAACACCUUACACAACUACAACCACAACCACAACACCUUGCACGACCACAACUACGACACCGUGCACAACUACAACCACAACGGAACCAGCGCCUUAUCCCACUGAUACCACACCACCAUGCACAACGACAUCACCAAAGCCCUGUACGACAUGUCCUACUGAUCCCACGAGACCACCACCAACGCCAGAACCCUUUCCAGUUGAUGGUGAAUGCCCAGGAGCAGCACAACAUCAAUAUGAAGCUGGACCACACAGCUGUGAACCACCUCCAUGCACUGCGGAGCAAUGGCUGAAAGGUACACUUCUUCCCACAAGAGAUCCUACAAAAUUCUUCCAAUGUGGUCCAGGCGUAGGUAAUCUGUUUAUAAUGCCAUGUGCACCGGGCACCUGCUUCAGCUUUGAUCAUCAAGUUUGUGUUCAUAAUUAUGACUGGAAAAAUCCAUGCACCAAUAAGUAAAAAAACCGUCAAUGUGUGUGUUGUAGAAAUACUGCCAUUCCAUAGAACAGGAACAGAAUUAUUCAAACAAAAUAUCAAAGUAAAAACAUAAAUUUGUAUAAAUUAUAAAAUAAAUAAAAUUUGGUACGAAUUUCAA